CCCGAAAGGGGGUCUCGAACUUAGCCACCCUUCCCAAGCACGAUCAAGAGAAAGAGGAAAAAAUCUAGAGGUGAGAUCAGAAAGGAUGCCCUGAGCUGCGUAAAGAAGGAGAACCGAUUCCAGAACUCACGGCAGGAAUUGAGACGCGAACCAGAGAAGGAAUCGAGGCAGAAACAAGAGGAAGAGUAGAAGCAGGGACUUCGGCGAAGUCAGGUAUCUCUAAAACUUGAGGUGAAAAUCAUAUUAGGAUCCUGUAUUCAUCUGAAGAGUCAAGCAAAUUCAGGGAUUUCGAGAGUAUCAGGAUGUUAACUUUAGGAACAUUAGGUGAAUCUGGUGUUUGAUACUGUUGAUUUUAUCAUCAAAUUUUAAUUGAAAAUUUUGAAUUAGAUGGUUUUCUGGUGGUUGUUAGGAAGAACUAGAAUCUCUAGUUGUGUUUGUGGAUCCAAGAGAGGAUAUGAGUACCAGCAGAAAUGCAGCCUGGUUAAUGUGAAGUUGAAAUGGGUGAAAGAUAAGGCAUUGGACGCAGCUGUUGCUGGUGAAAAGGAUCUUAGAGCAGCUUGCAAUCUUGUUUCCAUCAUUGCUGCUGCUCCAAACUUCUGCCUUCCAAUCUAUAGUCUUCUCCAGCAUCGUGGCCAACUUGGUUUACCCCAAAAUUUUAAGCUCUCAACAUUUAUUAGGAAGUACCCCACAAUUUUUCAUGAGUCUCAUGUUGUGGACAGUGGUGGCACCUGUGUUCCAUGCUUUGAGUUAACACCUGAAGCCCUAAAUCUUUACCAUGAACAACUUAUUGUUCUCGAGCAGAAUCUGAAAGAACUACUUGACAGGCUUUGUAAACUGUUGAUGCUUACCAAAGAAAUGACCCUCCCUCUGCAAACAGUGGACCAGCUGAGAUGGGAUAUGGGAUUGCCUUAUGAUUAUUAUGAUUCAUUGAUUUCUCAUCACCUUGAUUUGUUUUCUUUGGUUCGCCUUCCUGAUGAUCGGGUUGGCUUGAAACUCCGAGCUUGGGAUGAUAAGCUUGCUAUAUCCCAAUUGCAGAAGAAUGCCCUUUUACAACAAAAGGAAGAUAUGAAAAAUAACUGUUUAGCCUUUCCAAUUCAAUUUACCAGGGGUUUUGGACUGAAAAGGAAGUGCAUGGAGUGGUUAGAAGAAUGGCAGAGACUUCCUUAUACUUCACCUUAUGCUGAUGCCUCUCACUUGGAUCCACGAACUGAUGUCUCAGAGAAGAGAAUUGUGGGUUUGUUUCAUGAGCUUCUUCACCUAACUAUACAAAAGAAAACAGAGCGCAAGAAUCUAAGUAAUCUGCGCAAACCAUUAUCCCUUCCCCAGAAGUUUACAAAGGUUUUUGAGCGCCAUCCUGGCAUCUUCUAUAUAUCUAGGAAGUGUGACACCCAGACUGUUGUUCUUCGGGAAGCCUACGAUCGUCAACAGCUCUUACACAAGCACCCUCUUGCUGAUGUCAGGGAAAAUUUUGCAUGCAUGAUGAGGAAAGGAUUUCUAGAUAGAAGCAGGGGCUUAUCGAAGAUUACUGCUUCUGCUAAUCCAAGAGAAGUGGUUGCUUAUGGCAAUAAACUUGGUGACAGUGAUCUUCAUAAAGAGGCAGGGUCAGAUUGUGAUUUGUUUUCUGAAUAUGAAUCGGAUGAGCAUUUUUUUGACCAUUCCUGAAUUGUAUUUCACUGCAUCUUGUGUUUUUGGCUUAAAAUAAAAUAUAAAAUAUAAAAUAUAAAAAACUUGCACAGUAUCAGCUGUGGAUAGUUGGAUAAUGUUUUGUAAACCUAGUUUUAUGGACGUUCUUCGUUUUUAGUGUUGAGGCUUUCUCAUCAUCCUUUGACGUCCUUUGUAUGGAUUAGGCCUUCAAUGAUGUGUCUGGAUUUCUGCUAUUUGCAAAUUCUCUGGAUCAUGCAAACACUGCAGGACUGUUACUUGAGGUUUCCUACAUUUAUUUGAUUUUAAAUUGUUUGGUUCUAUUCUCUGUGAAAGGCUUCUGGAAUAUCAAUGGAAGGUACAAAUGAGUUUGAAAUUUGAUUUUUCACUCUGUCUUGUUUUAAAAGUUUGAAUUCACCAGUAGAGGUUUGACUUACUUGUUUUCAUUCAUUAUCCUAUUGAAGUCAGUGUUCUUUAGGAGUGAACAGACUAGAAUGGGCAUGAUGGAUGGAUAUGAAAUUCUGGGUGGGGCGAUUUAUCUUUU